GGAAGGCUACUUAUUGUGGAGUUCCCUGGGAGUUUUCACUCCCCUGUGAAAUCUGAUGUCUGGACCCACCCUCCAGAGCCUUGUUUGGAUUCAGUGGCUAUGAAGGUGACAGAUCAAAGGGAGCCGCAUCUCUCAGGAGAGUCCCCUCCUAACUUCUUUCCUUUUGAACAUGCAAGUGACCCAGGAUGUGGUGAUGCUGGUUGUUGGUGGGGACAGCGAGGAGCAGAUCUCUGAAGUGUUUUGUGGCUGAGCAAGACUUUACCUUUGUUUGGUGUUUUUCUUUUCCUUUUUUGAACUGCUUGUCUAAUGGCUAAACUGCUCCAGGGAUCAGCCCCGUAGCACUUAUCAGGAGUACUGGGAAAGAGUUUGUCUGUGAGAGCUGUCAUCACUCCCAACUUGGCAGUGCAGUCUGAAGAGCUCCGCUACAGUUCACACAGUAGAUGUGAAAACAAGGCAAGAAGAGGUGCAGUAGAUGAAGGGCUGGGACCUGGGACAACUGAGGAAAAUGGUAUUGUGGAUCUGAGCCAUAGCACCUUCUGCCCUCAUGCUAAUGGCACUGAAGACAUGACAACAUUUCAGAAUGGCUGCGGAAAUGGCACCACUGUUACCUGUAUAGUAAUGGAUAAUAAAGAACCAAGAAGUAUAACUAGCAAUGGGGGAUGCAAUAGCAACAACAGUGCUGAAGAGGAAAUACAAGAUGACCAUCUCAGCCCUUCAAAAAUCAUGCGCUUUUUCUCUACCCCUAGGAAACGAACUACCUCCAACUCGGAAAGGCCUCGUUCUCUGAUUGUGAUGGGCAGCUCUUCAACGUGGAAUGCUUUGUCUUCCAUUAGAAAAAUGGGAUCUUUCAAGAAAUUAAAAUCUUCAGUUCUUCAAGGAAUUCAGGCCAGAGAAAGCUCAGAUGUCUUAAAUGAGAACACUGUGGGAAAACAUGUCUCGAAUGGUGCAGUGGUGAGAGUUCAGACUAACCGGUAUUCUUAUUCAGGGCCUUUACAUGAUUCCCAUAAUGCAGUGGAUGGUUUGGCUUCUGAUUGCUCUGAUGUAGAGGAAAGUGAUGAUUCCUUCCUGAGGAAUACUCACCGAUCACGCAGUAUCAGACGCGCCUAUGGUGUUGGCCGCAUCAAUUUAUUAGACACCGAUAAAAUUCAGAGUCAGCAGAACUGCACGAGGCCAACGUCUCCCAUCACCCAGGAGCCAAAGAUCUGUGAAAUUUUAGUGAAAGAUCCUGAAAACAACAGGAUUAUCUACAGGAGAAGCAAAAGCACAGAUAGCUUAAACUUUCUGAAAAAGAGCUCGUUCAAACGAAAGUCCACCUCAAAUCUCUCUGACCUCAAGAUUGCAAGUGAAAAGCAAGUGCCACAAAGGACAGGAAGCACUUCCUCUGCUGACUCCGACAAAGCCAGUGGAAACCCAGAGAGACGGUCAAAACGCUGGAAGAGCCCUAUCAGAGCAAAGGAUUUUGACAGAGUUUUGAAACUUGUAAGCAAUGUUACAGAUGUUGCAUGGAAGAAAGAUGGUCCUAAGAGCACGAUGACUCCUCUGAAUGAACAAAACCAGAGAACAAGGCCAAACAGCAGACUACAUGACGACUACUCCCGCAGGGUUUCUAGUAGCAAUGAAAAUGACAGACGGAGGUGCAUUUCCCCUGUGUGCAGUCCAGAUUCUACCUUUUCUGGAACGCCGCAUCUUCAUAGUCCAACUGUUUCUCAGGAUACAGACACUGAAACAAAUGUAUUUACUGGUGAGACCAACAGCUUCAGGACAUUAUCAUGUGUCUUAGAUGAUGUCCGUUCCUCACACGCUUUUAACGACUUUAGUGCACUUCCUAAUGAAGUGUUUUAUGAAGACUCUGAUGAACCAAAAAGUACCAGCCAGUUUACGUGUGAAUCUGAGCAGCCUAGCAUUCCUCUUAGGCCCACUGCCCCUAAACCUCAGAGCCCCAGUGCUGAGAAGGUCAAGUGCAAUAUUAAUUUCCAUUGCCCGGAUCGUCACAGUACACUGUCACUGAGCUCAAUGGAAAGCGAGGAAAGAGUUGAGUUACCUGCUCCGAAGCUGGGGAGAAAUCCUGUUUGCCUCCAGGACUCAGUGCAAACUGGGUACUAUGAUGAUGGAAAUGAAGACAGUGGCAUAAGCAGCCACUCUCAGCUGAGCCUCAAUUUAGUUUCUGGUACCGAAGAAAAGAAGGAAGAGGUUGUUAUUGAUGACCAGUGGAGGAUGUCCCCAUCCCAGGAUGAAGAAAGAACAGAUGCACAAAAGUUCACUCCCAGAAGAUGGGGCUCUGGAAAAAGAUCUCGGCCAAGGCCACUUUCAGACUAUGGUCAGUUGGCAAUCAGGAGUCUCUCAAUACCAGAAGAUUCAGUUGCAGUGGAGUCUCAGAAAACAGACUGUGUAGAUGGUGAAAGUCAGCCUGGAUUGGCUUCUGUGGAGUCUACGGCUCAGAUCAGUACAGUAGGCCUCCAAAGAGGGCGAAAACGAAGACCCAUCUCUGUAAUAGGUGGGGUCAGUUUCUAUGGGAGCAGCCAGACAGAAGAAAUAGAAGAUCUGCUGACACAACCAAUAACACGGCCACCUGUUCCAGCCCACCAAGUUCCCCCAUAUAAAGCUGUUUCAGCCAGGUUCCGGCCCUUCACCUUUUCACAAAGCACCCCCAUUGGCCUGGAUCGAGUGGGACGGAGGCGGCAAAUGAGAGCAUCUAAUGUUGUUACAGAUGGUGGAACUGAAUCUUCUGCCUUAGUUGAUGACAAUGGUAGUGAGGAGGAUUACAGUUAUGAGGAGCUCUGCCAACCCAGCCCUAGAUACCUGCAGCCUGGAGGGGAACAGCUAGCAAUUAAUGAGCUGAUAAGUGAUGGCAGCAUGGUCUAUGCAGAGGCACUGUGGGACCACGUGACUAUGGAUGAUCAAGAGCUAGGCUUUAAAGCUGGGGACGUCAUCAGAGUCCUUGAAGCUUCCAACAAAGACUGGUGGUGGGGAAGAAAUGAAGACAAGGAAGCCUGGUUUCCAGCUAGCUUUGUCAGGCUACGAGUUAAUCAGGAAGAACUUGGAGAAAAUUGUGGUAGCAUCCAGGAUGAAGAGCAACAUGCAGAUGCUAGCAAACAUCGCCAAAAAAUUGCUGAAAACAAGGAUCAGAUGAGAACCAAUGUGAUACAAGAAAUAAUGAACACGGAGAGAGUCUAUAUCAAACAUCUCAAGGACAUCUGUGAGGGAUAUAUUCGGCAGUGUCGUAAACAUACAGGAAUGUUCACCGCGGCUCAGUUAAACACCAUUUUUGGAAACAUUGAAGAUAUUUACAAAUUCCAAAGAAAGUUUCUGAAAGAUCUUGAGAAACAGUACAACAAAGAGGAACCUCAUUUAAGUGAAAUAGGAUCCUGCUUUCUUCAACAUCAAGAAGGUUUUGCCAUCUACUCAGAGUAUUGUAACAAUCAUCCCAGUGCCUGCCUUGAGCUUUCCAACCUAAUGAAACAGAGCAAAUACCGUCACUUCUUUGAGGCCUGUCGCCUGCUUCAGCAGAUGAUUGACAUUGCUAUUGAUGGCUUUCUCCUUACACCUGUUCAGAAGAUCUGUAAAUACCCUCUUCAGCUUGCAGAGUUACUCAAAUAUACUACCGAAGAGCAUGGUGAUUAUAACAAUAUACAGGCAGCGUAUGAGGCCAUGAAGAAUGUAGCAUGCCUCAUCAAUGAGCGCAAACGAAGGCUGGAAAGCAUAGACAAGAUUGCACGCUGGCAAGUAUCUAUUGUUGAUUGGGAGGGGCAGGAUGUUUUAGCCAGAAGCUCAGAACUGAUCCACUCGGGCGAACUGACCAAAAUCUCAAAGCAAGGCAAAAGCCAGCAGAGGAUUUUUUUUCUUUUUGACCAUCAGCUUGUGUUCUGUAAGAAGGACCUGCUGCGACGGGACAUGUUAUAUUACAAAGGUCGGAUUGAUCUGGAUGAGAUGGAACUUGUGGACAUUGAGGAUGGCAAAGAUAAGGACUUUAACAUUAAUAUCAAGAAUGCUUUCAAAACUGUGAAUAGAGCAACAGAAGAGGUUCAUUUGUUUUGUGCAAAAAAACAGGAAGAUAAGAAAAGGUGGCUGGAGGCAUGUGAAAAUGAAAGGCGAAGAGUGCAGGAAGACAAAGAAAUGGGAAUGGAAAUAUCAGAAAAUCAAAAGAAACAAGCCAUGCAAAAUGCGAGAAAAUCAAGGCAUGGAAAAAUUAAAGGUAUAAGUUAUAAUGGAUGUCCCAUGCCUCCUCCACACCAGAGUUUACAUCCUAUUCAUCAACGCCACAUCACUGUCCCCACCAGCAUUCCACAGCAGCAGGUCUUUGCCCUGGCAGAACCCAAACGAAAGCCAUCCCUUUUCUGGCACACCUUCAACAAACUUACCCCAUUCAAGAAAUGAGAGGGCCAAAGUCAUUGGAAGGACGUUGGCUGAAAGAGAGAUGUCUUCCUGAGAAGAACCUUUGGGACAUAGUUGAACAUGUUUGAGCUGGAAAACCAUGAAUUCUCUCUUUUGGAGGUAAAGACCUAGCUCUGCCUGAGCCAAAAACAUCACCUUUGUCUAGAAGGAAAAUGAAGUUCAUGAGGUUCUAUGAUGAAGAAUCCAGAUGGUUCUGAAGUAAAUGUUGACAUGCGUCAAUAAGCAUUGCUAAUGAGGAGCACAUCACUUGGUGACGAAGGCAAAUUGCUGUUAUUCUAUGGUAGCAGCAUCUAAUCUCUCUUUUUAGUCGCACUGCAUUAAUGGUAGGGUCAUUUGAACAUUUCAUUUUUCUUAAUAGUGAAUUGAUGGCCAAAUUUAGGAUUAGGAAGGAAUUCUUCCCUCAGGGCAUAUUGGCAAGGGACUUUAGGAGAUUUUUCUCUUCCUUUGGAUCACUGAGCAGGGGGUCAUCCAUCAGGAUCAGGUGAGUGAAUCCCACCUGAUUUAACUUGAUGUGGAUGCAGAAACUAGUGGACCUUAACGCUUCCUGUCUUUUUCAAUGUUUCUUUACAUUUGCCAAAUGGCAAUAGGAAGUCCCGCAAGGCCUUAUCUUCUAGGUUAGAACAGAGACAUUUUUUGACUCCAUAUUACGGAAAAUGAACAAAAAAGACUGCAAGGAUUUAUGUAUUUACUGCAUACAAGGACUGGAAAGAGGAAGGACCCACCAAAUGAUUCUUUCCAACCAAGGCACCAUACUGCAUUCUAGUAUGCACUUCCAUAUACAUUUCAUUUCUUGCCCACACCUCUUAUCCUGUGACACUCUUCUCUGUAAUUCCAGUAUGCCUGUGUUUCAGUAUAAAAACUAAAGUGUUUUGUUUUUUUAAUCAAAUGAAGAUAAUGUGAACAUACAAAAAUGCAAAGUUAAGGAACCAUGAGAGACUGCUGGCACUAGAUAGCUUUGGUUAUACAAUUCACACUUUAAGUGGAAAGUUGUAUAUGGAUGGAAUUUAAAGUUUAUGAACUGUAACAAAAGUUUCCAUCAAGUUCCUGAAGCUGUCUUUGAUUCUGAGCCUCUUACACAUCAGUGAAGUGACAGUGGGUUUUUAUUACUUCAAAAUGCUAAAGAGAAGAUGCCACCAGUAUGGACAAAAGACGUUGGUGGAAUCAGAAAUGGGCUUUGACUGAGAACCAUCAGUUUCUCUUGGAGAAGGAUGACUUUUUUUUUUUUUGCGCUAAGGUCAGCUCUGGCCAGGAUCUGUAAUAUAUGGUUUGAUUUGAAAGAAUACCUUUAAAAAAAUCCAGUAUGAGAAAAUAGGAUCUUGGAACUGGCAGCACUGAUUUUUCCCAGUGGUCAUGUGUAGUUCUCAUUAAUGCUAAUGAGAGUUAUUAAAAAGUAUGGAGGAGAGACUCCAUAGGUUUCAGCACUGGUUUGUAAAGGAUUUAUUUCAAAUAUUUUACCAUUACAAGAUUCCUAUGCUGCUGAUUAGGGGCAUUAUCUAAUAAUAAAGGCAGUUCCAGGAGUGUUCUUUGACAAAUGAACAAAAUCUUCUUUGCCAUGAAUGUGUAAAAAUAUGUGAAGAACAAAUAAUAGGUUAAUGGGCAGGCAUCUUAUUGACAAUGUAAAAAGCCUUAUUUUAAACUCUGCUGUUGUUACUCUUUCUAUUUUUACUUGUAGCCAGUCUUGUAGAGUCCAAAAGUUGGAGUGUAAAAUAAUUUAAUAACCAUAGUAGCUUCUACAAAGCAUGAACAAGCUCACUGAGGAUGCACACCAAUAAAUGUUUGUCAAUAGAUGUGUUAGAAAAAUACUUACACUUCAAUUUUCGAUGAAUACAUACAUGACCUUUUACUAACAAGUGGUUUUAACUUUAAGUAAUGCAUUUUGGGAACAGUACAUUUGAAAUGCCUUCUGUACUUAGCUUAUCAACAACUGGGAAGAUCUGCUGAUGUUAAACUGAAUUGUCCAGUGUGUGGUAAACCUCAGUGCUUGUGCUUUUUUCCUAUUUAUUAGUAGAGUGAAAACUUGAAAUGUUUGAGAACUGCUUCAUGGCAGAUCAAAUUAUUCACAGGCAUUUUUUUUCUAAGCAAUGAUCCAAUUUGAAAAAAAGUGUGCGGGAAAGCCAGCGAAACAACUUGCUGGGUAUUUUUUUAAUGUCUGUAUAAUAUAAGCCAACUCCUUUCAGAUUUUUUAAAGAUAAUUCUGAAUGUUCAGUGUAAGUAUAAGGACUGUAUUUCCAGAUGAAGGAACCUAAACUUGUGCUUCCACUAAAAUGGGUAGCCAUGUUGUAUUUCUCAGUAGCCAUUUGUCUGCACAGUUGCCCAGUACUGCUGUACGAGUGCAAGUUACGCACAUGCAGUAGGCAAGCAGACGUUUUUGAAGUCCUAGCUUCACCACACACAUUUGGAAAGUUUUGCCCUAGACACAGGAAAAGACUCCUGGGCUGCAUUGUACACCCAGCUGUUCCUCCACCCCAUCAGCUUUCUAUGUCAUGCUGGCAUGAGCCUAAAGAGUUUGAGAGGCACAUCCAUGGUUACACACUUGUCUUAGAUAAAAACUAUUCCACUCCAAAAAGCUAGUCCCUGUGGCAAUACUGGAAAGCAAGUUAGAUUUCUGAAUGUACUUACUGGCAUGUGAGUACCUACAAAGACUCUUCUUUGCAUAGCGGUGCUUAGCCUUGGAAAUGAAGGCAAAGGUUUGAAUGUGCUUUUGGACGCACAAGUUCCUUUCUUCAGGAGAACCUCAUUCAUUUCAAUGAGAUGCAAGGCAAAGCAUUUCAUGAUGCAGAUUAUUCAGGAUAGGGUUUAUGUACAGUAUAUUGCAUAUGCAUCUGGUUUAUUUAUCAUGUUCUGAGUGUCUUUCCAUGCAGCCUAAUCUUGCACCAGGUGGGAAAAAGAGAGAUCAAUAUGGCAUGUUUAUGUACAUUUUAUUGGCUAAUUUAUUCAUCCGUGGUCUAAGAAUGUGCUCACCUGAUGGCAGAAUGACACAAAAUGGGCCAAAGGGAGACUCUAUCACAGGGUUUUGAAGAUAUCAUAGUUAAACACUCAGUUACAUUAUCCAACAAUCAAAGCACCUAUUAACCAAGAAGUUCAGCAUGAUUGUAGAGUCUUCAUGGGAGAACAGUUGCAAAUUAAAUAUGAUGGGUAGUAGUUUAUCAAAAUCUACCUUGAAAAGAACCUUGUCAUUGUCUGACUCCUGAUGAAAUGGCUUUUCAUGUGCAUAUCAAUAGAAAAAUCAGAAUUCAAUAGCUAUUAAUGUCAUCCUAUUUUUCUUUGCUUUAAGUUAUUUCAUGUUCUAAUGCAACAAUUAAGCACAGCUGUGCCUCAUGUAGGUAAAGCACAGGCUGGGGAGAGCCUUCCUUAUUACCUAUUGAGCAGAUAACCUCAGACUUUUAUGCUUGAAAAGCAUUAAAACAAUCUUCCUUGAAUGUGUUUCCUUUGGGUUGGGAUAAUGCCAAAACGUAACUGCAUCUAAGAGUUUUGAUCUUACUACAAAAUAAGUUUGUUUUACAAGUGGCUUUUGCCAUGCUGAAUUUCACAUUGAUUUUUAACAGUGAAAAGCAGUGAAGGAGUUUGAAGAUAGAAUACACGAAUAUUCCACAUUUAGUUAUUUUUUAAAUGAUCAUAACUUGGAGUUUGGGAGCCAAAGGUUCUUCGCCAUAACAAAUACAUUACCUUUCAUUGACUGCCUUUCUUUUUCUAUGUCUGUGGCAUUUGUAUUUACGAGAUGCCUUCUGAAUGAUCCUGUAAUUUAAGACUCUUUGUUGUAAAUAUUAGAGAUGACUUGCAUAUGUAUUUUACUUGACAAAUGUUUUUGUAACAUUUUAUCUUAUGUACAUGCUUUGUGCAUCUUACCAUCUGCGUGCUGUUACAUGUAAAUCAAGUGUCAUGGCUACAGAACAGAUGAAUUGGCUGUUGACAGCUAAAGUACAAUGUAUAGGACUGCGGUGACUUGUUCUGAAGUAAUCAGUGUGUUGCAAGAUUUAUUUCCGCUUAAUACGUGGUUUGUCAAAAUGAAUCUAUUUUCUGGAAAUGAGUACAAACCUACAUUUGCAUUAUUUUGUUCUUACUGUAUGUUUUAAUUAAAUAAUGGACAAAACUGAUAUUCCUCAGCAGUUUGUCUUAUAAAA